AUGCAUUGGGGUAAUAAGGACGGAGUUAGAUUUGUACCUGUGAGAGAAGUACAAUCGGAAGAUGACUACACCAUAGUCGACAAUUUGGAGCAAUUAGAAUGGUAUGCUAAAAGCCUACAUAAACCUUCACACAAAAGUAAUAGGGUCCUUAGUGCUGUGAAAAAAUCAACAGAGACGAAAAUUGAGACACAGACGGUUUAUUUCACAGAUUUGAAAUCUGGGAGAUGUGGAUUUAUACAACUGCUCUAUUCUAGCGUAAUAGGAGGUAUCUAUAAGGGAUUUCAGUUGAACUUUAAGAGUUUCCGUAGCGAAGAAAGUGAGGAGAAUGAAGAAAAGGAAUCUCGAGCUGACGUUUGGGAAAGUUUUAAACUGGAAGAUAUCAAAGAAUUCUCGGAGUUGACGGUCAACUCAUCGCGGGCAACAUUUGCAUUCAAGCAUAGUUUAGAUAGUUCAGCAAUUUCGAAAUUGGAGAUAAAGGUAGAUAUCCCGGUUGGAAGUAAUACUAAUGGACUGAAGAUCGAUUUAGUGGUAGAUCUUUACCGCGGAAUCUUGGUAAAUCCUGACGGGUGCAGUUAUUACCUGGAUAAACCACUAACUAAGGAUGAAAUUAGCAAACAGAGAGAUGCAAUAUUUUCCAAGAAGAUGGUAAGGCACUUGUUUGUACCUAGAGCUCAAUGUUGUGGUAAUAUAAGUUAUCUCGAUUCAAAAGGUGAAAAAGUCGACCUUCAACUAGACAAAGUUCCGGGACUUUAUAUAGAUGCGGUUCAAGGUUUAGUUCCCUAUAAGGCUGCGAACAGGUGGAAUUUCCUCUGUUUCCAAUCAUUGACAACGUCUUUACUCUGUAUGGAAUUCACCACGACCGAAGAGUAUAAUCGAACCACGGUAACCAUUUGGUGUUCCACUAGGAACAACCAAAUUGAAACAGUCGGAUCUAGCAUUAAUGGCAAAAAUAUACAGUUCGAGGCAACCACUAAGGAUGACAAAACUGGUUACGAAUAUCCGACACAAAUUGCAUUCCCCAUGGGUUUUGUGGAACAACAUUUAAGAUUAGUAAAUCGAUAUGAUAUUAUGGGCGAACUACCCUCGCUAGUGAAAAGCUUGGCUGAAAACAUCGCUCACAUUAAGCCCUAUAUCUAUCAAUACUGUCAGUCUUCAACCCAUGCCGGGCAAAAGGGGAUAUCUAUAAUUGAAAGCACUUUUAUAUCAUCAUAA